UUCGUUUCAGCCCGAGUAGAAAAAGUUGGAACACUUAAUGUUCCACUGACUUACGUAGGUUAGUGUACAAAUCUUACAGAGCUAGCUGUCAAACAACCUCAUGUCAUGUACUCUAAUAAGUUUAACUGCCUCAUGUUAGGACUGUACAGCCGUAAUCGAAGUGCUGUGUGCGGGCUGGUCCAGAGUGCACCGGGUCGGAGCGGGUUCAGCUGGACAGCGGUGUGUAAACAGCGGUCACUGAAGCUGCAGAGGAGCGCCUGUCUGGAGAGGCAGCACCAUCCCAUGCCCUGUCAAAUAAGUACUCGAUCAGCCUCCCAAACCACAGUGGACCCUGAUGAGGUGAGGAGGUUCCAGUCACUGGCCAGCAAGUGGUGGGAUGAGCAGGGAGAUUUUGCAGCUCUUCAUGCCAUGAAUGACCUGAGGGUGCCUUUCAUACGGGAUAAUCUGCUGAAUGUGCACAGAGCGCGUCAUCCUGGAAAACCACUAGCAGGACUCAGAAUACUGGAUGUUGGCUGUGGAGGAGGCCUGCUCACAGAGCCCUUAGGUCGUCUCGGAGCUAAUGUGUUGGGUAUAGAUCCAGUAGAAGACAGCAUCUACACCGCCCAGCUGCAUGCUUCCUAUGACCCGGACCUUUCUGACCGGGUCUCCUACCAGGCCUGCACCUUAGAGGAGCUCUCAUCAGAAGAGAAGGAGGAGCAGGGAGCAGACCAGUUCGAUGCUGUUGUAGCAUCAGAGGUGGUGGAACAUCUGGCCGACCUGGAAACAUUCGCCUUCUGCUGCAACCAAGCGCUGAAGCCGGGCGGCUCACUCUUCAUCACUACUAUUAAUAAAACCAACCUGUCAUACGCGCUGGGUAUUGUUGUAGCCGAGCAGCUGCUGCGGAUCGUUCCCAGCGGGACGCACGACUGGGAAAAGUUCAUCAGCCCAGUAGAGCUGGAGCGCCUCCUGGAGUCCAAUGGUUUCUCAGUGCAGUCUGUUCAAGGAAUGCUGUACAACCCAGUAUCAGGAGCCUGGAGCUGGACAAACAGCACUGCCAUCAACUACGCCCUCCAUGCUGUCAAACAUAGAGACGAUCCCCAGCCAGACCGAGCUGAGGAGAGGAGCCCCCGCCCAGAGGACCACACUGCAGCUACACACAGCUGAGCCACAAGACUGGAGAACAAGUCAGAUAAUGUGGAAAAAUGAAUAAACUCAGAUGUGUGGAGUUGGAACUUCACAGAGGCCAGAGGCUGUGAUGCAGCAUAUGUGACAGUGGUUAUUAAAGAAAAGGAACAAACAGCCUUGAGAUAGUUAGAGAUGCACUGCAGCUGCCUGUGUGCUGUCAGAGUAAGACUGCAAUACGCUGUUGGUUUUUGGUCAGCCUUUGUUUUACUCUGAGCCAGAGUGUUAUAAAUGGUUUUACUAGUGUUUGAUGAGCUGUGCAGGGCAGCUGUACAUCCUCUAAUUAUGUAAUUCAGUAGCAGAGCUGUAUAACCACACAGCUUCACAAUCUAUAAUACUCACAUUGAUUGUUUUCACUUUAUGCUGUGCUGAAUCAGCUUGGUGUUUUAGGUUGAAAAUGUGAUUUACCCUCUAUUAUAAACUGUCUGACAAGUGAAAAUUCAA